AUGCAUAUACCACCACCACCACCACCCAGCCACACAGUCGCUGCUGGCCCAGCGACACCAACACCCCUACAAAGCUUAAUACCCACACCAAUACCAUACAAUGCGUUAUCCUGGAUAUCGAAAGAGCAUGGUGGAGGCGGCGGCGGUUACACGGAGAACUGGAGCAGUCUCAUCGGCAUCAUCACCGCGAUAAUAGGCAAUGUACUCAUAUCCUUUGCGUUGAACAUGCAGCGGUAUGCGCAUAUCCGGCUAGACAGGGAGUUCCAGGAAAAACGGCGGGAGAGGAAGAGGAGGAAGCGGGAAGCCGAUAUGAUGGGUGAUGAUGGUGGAGUGAGCAGAUUAGCAGAGGAAGUGCAGAAGAUGGGAUUGGCAGGGCGAAGAAGUGAAGGCAUGGUCGAGUCAAGGCGGAGAAGUAGCAGGGAAAAUGGGAACGGAGAAGGGCUAUUCGAGGCUUCGGAGAACGAUCCGUUGAUUCCGCGGUCGACUUCGAGACCCCGCGUUGAAAGAGAGGAUAGCGCGGAGUCGGGCAAGCAGGAAGAAGCGUUCAAGCAGACGUCGUAUCUUAAAUCGCCGUAUUGGUGGUUCGGCAUCAUUCUCAUGACUGUCGGCGAAGCGGGGAAUUUCCUUGCGUAUGGAUUCGCGCCUGCGUCUAUUGUGUCACCGCUGGGUGUUGUCGCACUCAUUUCGAAUUGCAUCAUUGCGCCUUUUAUGCUCAAGGAACCGUUUCGCAAGAGGGACGCGCUGGGUGUUAUCAUUGCUGUUGGAGGCGCGGUCACGGUUGUGUUGUCGGCUAAUGACAACAAUCCCAAGCUGGGGCCUGGCGAGAUCUGGGAUCUGAUUAGGAGGUGGGAGUUUGAGACGUAUUUCGGGAUCACGGUGGGGGUCAUUGCAGUCUUGAUGGUGGCUAGUAAUCGGUAUGGGGAGAAGAAUAUCUUGAUUGAUCUGGGACUUGUGGGGCUGUUUGGCGGAUACACGGCAUUGUCGACCAAGGGCGUUGCUUCGCUACUGUCAUACACGCUCUGGCGAGCCAUCACAUUUCCGGUCUUCUACCUACUGGUUGCCAUCCUCGUUGGAACUGCAGUCAUGCAGAUCAAGUACGUCAACCGAGCUCUUCAGCGAUUCGAUGCCACCCAGGUUAUCCCUGUCCAAUUUGUUCUCUUCACACUUUCAGUCAUCGGCGGGUCCGCAGUCCUCUACCGCGACUUCGAGAGAACCUCAGGAGAAGACGCCGGAAAAUUCGUCGGCGGAUGCGCCCUGACCUUCUUCGGGGUCUGGCUAAUCACCAGCGGACGGCCCUCUCACCAUGAUGAUGACGAAGAAGACCAUGACCCAGAACCAGAAGAUGCCAUCCACCUAGCCGGCGAAACCUACACAGACGCCGUCAAUGACACAAGCGAAGAAGUCCCCGGAAGCACUCGCCGCUCUUCAACAGCACGAGCCCUAUCCCCACCCAUUGAUAUGUCACGUCCUUACCAAGAUGACGAUGAAGGCACACGCCCCUCAACCCCAAACAUCACGCUCACACCCACCGACCCCGUUACACCGCCAAAUCGCUCCUCCCGCCCAGCAACCGCCGACAUAAUAUCCUCCCUCGUUGCAAACCCCUGGUCCAACCCCAACGAACCCACCUACCGCACCCCACCUCUAAACCGACAUACUUCCACGCCCGUUCUUCCUUCUGAGGCCGCACCCGCACCCUCAGUCUCAGUCUCGGAUACUGAUCUCAUCACUCCCGACAACACCAAGCUCAGGAUUGGGAUUGAGGAGGUUAAGGACUGGAGACCGGGUGCAGAGUGCGAGGAAUAG